CGAAGCUCAAGAACAAAAUGGCGGACGUAGAGGAAAAGGAAAAUUUUAUAGCUAGCGCGACUCACAAAAAGCCAAAACAGAGCGCAAGUCUUGUUACGGAUGUGCUUUUGAAGUCUGCUCGUUUAGAGAAGGAAGACAUAAACUCAUGUGUUAAGAAAACAUUGCAGAAAGCAGAGGAAGUGAAGGUAAAGUGUGUUUUCUAAUUUUGAUCUCAAGAUCACCUACACAAUCGAUUUUUACUAUGUGUCUCCGAUUAUUGUUUUUUUGUGUGUGUAUUUAUGUGAAGGAACACUCUAAUUUAUUUUGUAGCAAUCUAUAUGUAAUUUUGUGUGAAAAAUAUACAAAAGAAAUCAGUGAUUGUAUACAAUUCAAUCCAUAACAUUUUAAUUAGAUCUGGUGGAGGGGGAAUUAAAAAAGAUAAUUUCUAAUUAUUAAUGAGUCGAUCUUCUUUUUCCUUUUUUCAAUUCCUCAUCUAUACAUUUGUAUUACUUUUUUUCAAAUUUUGUAUGCUAUAGAAUUUUUAGCACAAUUCCUAUCUCUUUAUGGUAAUAUUUUUCUUAAUUUUCGCCAUUUUUUCUCAUAGUUUCAUGUCUAAAUUAUUUCCACAUUUUAACCGCAUUUGUAAAUUAUGUAUAGUUGACCACAAGCCUUCGGUGCGUUUUUCCUUUCCGAAAUUAAAGAUACAGAAAAUUUUAUUUUAUCAUGAUUUUAGCUUAUAAUUACAUAGUUCCAAAUAAUUAGAUGGUUGAAAAUUUCAAGAAAUUGUUUUUGAUAGGGUGUAGUAAUUCAAAAUUGGGUGGUAAUUUAUUUCUACAGAAAAGUUGAUAUAUCAUGGUUUUUGAUUACACAGAUGUUAAUGUUUGGGCAAAAGUUUUACAACUGCAAAGAAAAAACACUGAUUUAUCAUCUUAAUGAUCCAAGUAAAUAUUUCUCUCUUUCAGGCAGAGGUCCUUCAGGCAAUAUACAAGGAAUACACAUUUGAUGAAUUUUUAGACUUCUGUAAUUCAACCUUUGAAAUGAACUGGAAUGUGAACAACCUUCUCACUGAAAUUCAAAAUGUUUUUGGCAGACUGAAGGUUGGUGGGAAUUUUGUCAUUCAAUUAACCAUUUGCUUGGACAUCAGUGUGUUUUCAUGGAUAUAUGAAGCAAACAGGAAGUUUUCUGGGUACAAAAGAUGCCAAAAGUCACUGAAGGUGCAGCCAUUAACAACAUUAGCCUCUUUAGUGCCCAUCAAACUUUCCAACCGUGUUAUAUCUCAAUGCACAUAAAAGUGACAGAUAAACAGACAAAUGAGUAAGGUUGUAGGUUUUUAAAGAAACUGGUGCUGCAUCAGGAGGGGGGGUAGGAGUGGGGGUGGGGGGGAGUGGGGGUGUAUUACAAGAUAAUUUGGUUUCAUCAACUGAGUUGAUAAUGUAAAUUUGCCGCCAUAAAGUUGAUGUUUUGAGCAUUAGCCCUUUGUCUGAGAAAAUCAUAUAAAACAAUCAUUAUACUACAUUUUUGAUGCAACAAAGGAAAUGUAAUUUUAGAAGAAAUUCCUAUUACUAUACUUAAAUGUAAGCCCAUGCACCUGUCUUCCAGUGAUAUCCACAAUGGGAAUGUAAAGAAGGCUUGGGAAGUUGAAUUUGAUUAAAGAUGAUAUAUUUUUUUGUCAGCAUUUGCUCCUUGUUUUUCUUUGUUUAAGAGCACAGUGGAAGGUCCUCUUGAUGCUGCUGCUCAUGAACAUGGUGACCUUGUGAAACAAUUAAGAGAGACUGAAGCCAUUGCAGAGCUCCUCAAAAGACUCCAUAAAGUAAAUGAUACCACAGUCAUUCAAUAUUUAUGAAAUUUUUUGUAAAUAAGAAACUUAGAUAUGUCAAAAGUUGAUGAUGAUACAAUUUUAUACCUUUCAAGAUGUGAAGACCCUUGUUUUAAAAUUACUAACCUAAAAUAAAAUGUGCAACUUCAAACCUUGUAAAGAACCAUAUCCACUUAUUUUCCAGGCAGCAGUCACUUCAUUUCCUGUCCUGUAGGAUGUUGAAUUUUCUUGUUGACCAAACUAUUCAAAUUGUUUUGUUACUGUAAACUGUAGAUCCACGAAGCAUUGGAUGCCUUCCCUGGGGAGCUUAAUAAAGCUGCAUAUUAUAACGCAGCUAAGCUUGUGCAAUCUGUGGUAAGAGAUCAACUUCUUAACUCUUCAACUCUCAUGGGUGACCAGGAAAGAAUUUCUCUGUACUAUAUCAAUACAGUAUCAAGCAGACAAGCAAUGAGAAUAAAGAAAAAUAUAAAUUACAUGUCUUGAUUAUUAGUUGAUCCAAUAACAAAUUCUCCAAACUAACAUAAUGAGAAUGGCAGACAGUUUAAGGAGAAUUCCUAAUAAGAUCUUGGUAGUGAAAGGGUUGAGUAGACUUCAAGUCAGGUUUUUGAAAAAUAAGGUAUGACAGUCAUCAAUCGCAACAAGAGAGAAGUGAUAUGACUUGACUUUGAUGUUGAUUUUUGCUCAGGCUGUACAAAUUUCUUUCCUUUGUUGAAAUGUCAGUCUCUUUUGCAGAGUAAAUUCCUUUUCAAGACUACACUCAUACUUAUGCAAUCAACUUUUACCUUUGGAUUUGAAUCACUUGAGUCAUUUACUAUAGAAUGAUAAUUAACCUGAUGUCAUGAUUAAUUUUUUUCCAAUAGAAAGAACUCCUGUCUGAUUUACCUAAAGCUGGCCAGGAAGGACGGAUUUUUAUUGCCCUCAGAGUAAGGGAUCACCUCUCAGUAGUUGCUGUUAUAUAUUGUCAUAAAACUUUUAAGUUCCCUCUUUUUCCAAAUAUGAGUUUGUGGUUUUAUUUUGUGGUUAAUUCUUCUCCUCAAUGAUGUUGUUUGUCCAUCAACAAUGGAGGAAGACCACACAGGUCAUUCUAAGGGUGGGGUGGUGGUCUAUAUAGGGGAGAUCCUCUGCUAUGUAUGGGCAGGUGACUGGGAAAUCUUAGCCCUGAAGGGGUGGUGAACAAAUAUGAGCUGUCAGAAUGAGAAUAAAGACAAAUAUUGUUUAGGGGAUUGUUACCUGAUCCAAUACCAAAUUCUCUUAAUUCACAUCAUAAGAACUGUAGAGUACCCACUAGGGAGAAUCAUUAAAGAGAUGUUGUUAAAAGUCACAAAUAUUAAUUUAUUGCAGGAGGAAUGGGGAAGACAGAAGGCACAGCUGACUGCAACACUGGAAAGGGUGUGGACCAAAAGUAUUGCAUGGACAACACCCACUACAGCAUCACUGGACAACAGUCAGGGGCAUCUGAAAACACAACUCAAGCUGGACCCAAGUAAGAAAAUCUCUCUCUAGGACUUCACUCAUUAAUAAUAAGGCUCUAAUAUUGUCACUUUGUAGGCUGCUGAUUGCUUCACUGGACAUGUAUUGAGAGUUCUUUCUGAAAUAUGCCCUCUGGCUUUUUGGAGAACUCCCAAGAACAGCCAUCUCCAGGACUUCUCUCACAUCAAUGAUAAGGCUCUAAUAUUGUUGCUUUGUAGGCUGUAGACUGCCACACUGCACAUGUAUUAACAGCUCUUUCUGAAAUUAUGCCCUCUAGCUCUUUGGAGAAUUCCUAACUGAAAGGGGAAGGGGUUAAGAUUAUGGAAGAACUCCCUCAUGCAGUCUUGUAUGUGUCUGCCCAAGUCUGAAAUAAAGGGGAAAUGGAGUAAAAAAAAAAGUUGUUCAAAUUAUGAUCAAAUAUCCAAGCUACCGUGAUGGAUUUUAUUCCUUUGUUAGCCCUUUACACCUAACACAAAUAUGCAUAUUCUCCAUACUGUUCUCUAUACAUUUCCUAAGGUGCUGAUGAGGAGAAUUUGUUUUAUGAUCAAGAGCUUCCUUACUUGGUGUUCAUUCCCUUUAAUCUCCUGACCUUAAUGUAUGAUUCAGAGGUAAUACUGUUGGGAGAAAUUAGAUCCUUAUCACUAUAAGGGGUUAAAGGUUUAACUAAAAUUAAUAAUUAUUAUAAACACAAUUGGCUUGGACUGAUUUGUGAAAUUUCAUAUUUUUAUUUGCAGCUGGCUGUUCAAUGAGUAACGUUCUUCAAGCAAUGGAAGUAAGUUUGAUCUUAAUUACUACUGACGUUGAUAUCAAGGCUGUAUUUGUGACUGACUCAUAAUGGACAGAAACUUGAUGGCUCUUUCUUUUUGCAUUCUCUUUCAAAGCUUUACAAGUUCUAACAAGUUUUUUCUUUUGUCUUCUAUGUUUCUAGGCACUUGGUAUUUUGGAAAAAAGAUUUAGAGUGUUUGGUAAUGUCAUGCAAAUUAAUUUUUACCUAAUGAAUCUCUUGUUUGAAACAAGCUGUUGACUUUACAAAGGCAUUUUUAAAUUAUUUUGUUUGUUUUGUAAAUGUAGGAAAGAAGCUGGUGCAGUUCAUAUUUCGUCCCAUAACACUGUUUCCCAGGUAAUUUGAUAUUUUAAAGUGAAAUAAAGAUUAUGUAUCUGGUACACAUUGUAUAAUUAUAUCCCAGUAUCUGUAGAGUGCAGUUACUAUGAGUAUCUCCUUAUUUUUUGAAUGGAAUUGUAGUGUAUUGCAAGUUUAACUUCAGGACAUUUCAAUAGGCAUUAUUAAACUUUUGAUCCCUUAGAGUGACUGGUAUCUAAUUUCUCCUUUCAAUAUCACCCCUAAAUAUUACAUUAAGGUCAAGAUUAUAAAGGAAAUGAUUGUAAACUUAUUUAAGCUCUUGAUUGUUAGACAAAUUCUCCUUGUCAGCCUGUUAGGAAGUGUAUUGAGAACAGUAUAGAGGAUAUGUAUGCAGAUGUUAGGGUUUUAAGGGUUGAAUUGUGGAAUUCAAGGUUGUAAAAGGGUAUAAGACUUGUAUCUAAGAGGCACUUGAUUUUACUCCUGUGUAGAGAGAGGCAUAACGUGAGAGUUAACCGUUUAAUUCUCAAGAUCUGAUUGUCAAUUCUCCCUUCUAGCUGCGGGAAUGUGGUGUUAGAUCAAAAUAACAAUUUCUAUCUGAUAAGUUUGAGUAUUCUCAUCACCUGUUUGCUGAAUAAUUUAUGGAUAUUAUAGGGAGAAGUUAGAUGUGAAUCACUUCUAGGAGUUAAAGGAUGAAGCAUCUAAGUUUCUUUUCUCAUUAUUUUUUAUUUCUAAAGCUUAAAGCCACAAGUUGAUAAAACAAAACAAGAAAUAACAACUGUGUCAUUUGCAAAGGAAAGUGGAAAAAAGAUCAUUGAUCCUGGUGAGUAUGUGUGGCUCUUUUUGUUUUGUUUCAUGAAUUUGAUGACAGAGAAACCUCAUUCAACAAUAUUAAUUUUGCCUACAGUACUACACAUAACUGUUAAUAUCAAGCAGACCAGUGAUCAGAAUAAAGGAAAAUAUAAAUUAGGGGAUUAUUAGUUGAUCCAAUACCAAAUUCUCCAAAGUAACAUCACAAGAGUUGUGUAGUAUGGCAGACAGUAAGGAGGAUUACUACUCAAAUCUUGGGAGUGAAAGGAUUAAUUAAGUGCCAAUACUGCUUUUUGAUUUCAGCCUUGUUGUAUUCAAAGUUCUCAGAAAUCCUUGUCAUUUUGAGAAACUUCUUUGAAGGAAGUAGGAAAGAAGAUGAUGAAAAGUCAGAGGAACUUAAUGUGUCAAGUUCAUCACUUUUUGCUAAACUAGGUAUGUUUCAUCCAGGAUUUGUAUACAGUCUUGAAUUCUUGAAAAAGUACAUGGAAAUUUUAAUUUUCUUUACCUGGAUAAAAUGGAAAACAAUCUGGAAAAAAUGGGAAGAGGUCUGAAGUUGUUUCCAAGCAGCAACAAGUACUUAACUGCGAAGUAAGCUAGGUCUUUAUAAGAUUAUUAAUGGUGGACUUUCAUGCACCUAAACCGAAAUAUUUCUCUAUUGCCAUCAGAGACAUUUUUAUUUUUCUUUAAGUUGUGUCAGCUGGAGUUUAUAUCUUACAAAACUGUCAGAACUGAUUUUCUUCUCUGUUUUAUACAUUUUAUCAACUAACCCAUUAACUACUAUGACUGACUAUGACAGAAUUUCUCCUUACAAUGUCAGUACAAUGUCAAGCAGUCAAGUAAGGAAAAAAUGUCAACUAGGGAAUUAUUAGUUGAUCCAAUACCAAAUUCUCCAAACAAACAUUAUGAGAAUUGUAUGGAAGACACUAAGGAGAAUUACCAAUGAGAUCUGGGAGUGAUAAUUAGGAUAGUUUUUUUUGCUCAGGUCAUGUGUCUAAGAAAUGAGAAUAAUUGAUUGGAAAAGUGUUGGCAAAAUGUUUACCACUACCAAAAAUAUUGCUAAAAUAGCAGUGACAAGAGAUUAUGAUGUAAGUUUUGUUAAGCAAUUAUCAAUUAUUCAGAUUUUCUGUAUAAACAAGUUGCAUUUCUUCCUCGUCAGGUGAAUAUAUAUGGCCUGAGCUGUCAGAAACUAUUAUUACAGAGUGCCUCAAGAAAUCAGUUCCUAACACAAGUGCACAGGUAUACCAAAGUGGACUUCACCCUUGGAUUCACAUAAUUUUUUAACUUCACCUAGUGCACCCAGUAUUUUGGGAUGGUUACCACUAUUUUCCAAACCAAGAAGUCAACACAGUGGGAUUGUAUGUGGAUGUUAGCAAGGAUCAUUUCAAACUUCAGCCAAUGAUCUUACAAGAUCCUCCAGUGUACAGUGGAACCCAUCAUAUAAACUGUGUUCAAUUAUAUAUAUAUUUUUUUUCUUUCUCAGUUGGAAAAGUAUCAAGAUGUCAUAAAAGCCACUGAGGAAUUUGAGACAAAGCUUGUGUCUUUAGGUACAGAGAAUUUCUUUAAACAGUUGGUCUUCUUUUCAUUAUGCCCAAUUUGGUAUUUUUUAUAAAAUUAAGACUAUUGGUUCAGACAGCUUUUCUUUUGAGCUUAUCUUUUGGUUUGUUACUCAAAUCUUUUGUUGUCACCUAGGUUUAGUCCCUGAAGGAACAAAUAAUCUCACAUCCUAUGUAAAGGAUGUUGGUAUUCACUUUGGAAACAAAAAGGUAUAUUAUAAUUAGUAUAACUUUGUGUAUUGUCUUUUUAGUAUUUUAAGGAUCUUGGCAUCAUUAAUUGUCUAGAAUUCAAUGUAUUAGACUGAUUUCAAGCCCUUUUUCUUUUUUUUGGCCUAUAACUGUGCUUUUAUAGUGUCAAGAUCUUCUGGUCAGGGCACGUGAUCUGAUGAAGGAUGACAUUCACAAUACUGUGUUGGUGGACAGCAAGAAAGACAAGGCAGUUCUACAGAGUCUGGGUGAUAUAAAGAAAGCAUUAUCAGAUAACAAGAAAGGAGUAAAGGUAUUUCACAAAAUUUGUUACAAUUUUGGCCCAUAUUUAAACUCAGUGGUGGCUUGCUUGGGAACAAUUCUCCACAUCAGUACAGCAUGCAUCAAUCAAUGCAAAGCUUUAACUUCUCCCCCCCUCUCCCAGCAACUCCUGCUCAUGGCAUUUUAAUUUUUACAGAAUGGUUUGUUCAAAUUCCUUCCCAACCAGCCAGGGCAGAAGAUGCAUUCAAAUGCCCCAUCCUAUAUUUUUGUAAGAGGCAAAAUCAGUGUCGGUGACUUUCUAUAUAUUGACCAACCUUUGAGGUUUGAGGUGUCACAGAGGGCAUAGACUUGUGAUGAAGAUAUGAGUCAUAAAUUGACAAACAUAUCUUUUUCAGCAUGAACCAUUGCAGAGAGAUCCAGCUAACACACUAAGCAAGUUUACAUUCUGCCUUCCAUCCUGCCGCAUCAGUGAGAGUACAGAGAAACUAAUGAAUCUGGCUUAUGAAACUUUGAUAGAAGCAACACAAUCUACCCCACAAUGGUAUGCACAGUAGUUACAUAAUUACAAUUGCAAGCACAUUUCUGCCUUUUAAUUUAAUGCUCACUUUGCGAUGAGUUUAUUACUUUUUUUUUUUCUUUUCCAGUGCCAUUCAGCUUUUCUACAGUGUUCGUAACAUAUUUGAGUUAUACUGCAAUGUUGUACCCACUUAUCAUCAACAGCACUUGGUGAGUUUGUGGUUGUUUCAUCACUUUAACUCUUAAACUCCCAAGAUCUGAUUGUUAAUUCUCCUCUCAAGCUGUUACACAUUUCCUUGUAAAUAAGUUAUAAGAAUUUGAUGUUAGAUCAAGAUAGCAACCUCAACCUGAUAAGUUUGAGUAUUCUCAUUACCUGUUUUCAAGAUAAUGUAUGGAUAUUACAAUGAGAAGUUACGUGUUAAUCACUGCCUUGUAUUUGUCUCUCUUCAGAGCAAAUUACCUCAGUUGUCUGCUCUGCAUCAUAACAACUGCAUGUACAUUGCUCAUCACCUUCUCACCCUUGGACAUCAGUUCAGAUCCAAGUUGCCAGAGCCUCUUAAUCAGAGCGUGGCUACUUUUGUGGAUCUGGUGCCAACCAUAAGACAUAUGGGAGAAAAGUGUUUCCUUGAACAACUGGUUAGUUGUUUGUUUGAGAUUUUGUUUCCAUUUUUGCAUUUUACAAAUCAUACAUCAUAACUUAACAAGAUUUCUGCUUGUAAAGCUAUUUCCAUAAAAAAAAAUUACUUUUUUACAACUUAAUGAUGCACAUGACAAGUUUUAGAUUAUGGGCAAGUCCUAUGAACCCUUUACACCCUAAUAUCAGUAUACAUAUUCCUCAUUCUGUUUUCUAUACAUUUCUUAAGUUGCUAAAAAGGAGAAUUUGUUUAACAAUCAAGAGCUUCUUUAGUUGGUGAUCAUUUCCUUUAUUCUCCUGACCUUAUAAUGUUUGAUUCAGGGAUGACAUGAUAUUGUAAGGAGAAAUCAAAUCCUAGACACGCUUUGGGAUCAAAGGGUUACAGUGAAAAUGUAGUUAAUCAAUUUCUGUUGUUUCUGUUCACAGAGAAAGCAAAGGUCUAAUCUGUUGGAAGUUGUGCAGGGGAACAAAGGUUUUGCAAAUGUGCAUGAGGAUGAAAAAGGUUUGCAGGUUGAGAAAUCAAUGAAACAGGUGAGCAUACAAGAAGGUGCACAGAUAGAAAUCUGCAAUUUUUGAUUUUCUGGUAAUCCACAACUACCUGCUAAAAUACUGUUUUGACCAAAAGCAUUGAUAGAGUUGACAAGACCUUCUGCACCAAGUUCUCAUCAGUUAAACCUUUACAGCCUCAUAUAUCCUUGGUAUCCAAGUUCUCCUUACUGUCCUCUAUAAUUUCCUAUGGUUCUUACAUUUAUCUAACAAUCAAGAUCUUCUUAUUCUCAUGACCUUAAUGUUUGAUUCAGGGGUGAUACCGUUUGGAGAAAUUAGAUGCCUAUCACUCGCAGAGGUUAAAGGGCUAACUAUGUUACUUUUCCUUUGUCUCUGAGAAUCACAUAACCCAUUAACUGGGUCUUCUACUCUUGACAUUGUUCAGCCUUCCAAGAAACACUUGACAUCCACAUUGACCUCUAAGGGUGAUUAGCAUUUAAUUUCUUAUUACAACAUUGUCCCUGAAUCACACAUCAAGGUUGCAAGACUGAAGAAAAUGAUCACCAAACAAACAAUAAUGUCAGGAGAAUAAAGGAGCUCUUGAUUGUUAAACAAAUUCUCCUUGUCAGCACCUUACAAAUAUACAGGGGACAGUAUGGAGAAUGUGCACAUUGAUGUUAGGAAUUAGAAUUAGGUGAACAAGCACCACUCCUCAUGGUUAAGGACUCACAAAAGCAAUGUCACCAUUGAUAUUUUUAAUAUUCCUAGCAACUAAAUGUUAGUUUGCUUCAUCAUCUUUCAGAUUUUACAUCUCUUAACAAAUCUUGGAAAAGUGUGGAACGGUAUUUUACCAGUUGAUAUUUAUUGUCAGGCCUUAGGAGCCUUAUUUGAUGACGUCUUACAAAACAUUGCUUCGGAAGUUACCCAGAUGGAGGUGAAGCCAUAAAAUAUAUCAUAAUUAUAUACCACGCAAGUGAAUAGUGCUUUUCACGCAUGCUGAUUGGCUAGUUUGGAAGUGAAUAGUGACUACUAUCCACCUCCUGAACAUGCUUGUUUUUGUCAUCUUGAACUGUUAUUACACUGUAAUAAAUUAAACGUAAAAUGGUGCUGUAACAACCACCAAACAACUUUGUACUGGUGUAAGUAAAAAAUAUUUGUUUCUUAGGUUGGUCUACUUAGCUCUUAGAUUUUCUUAGUUGUCUGUGAAACUCUGUUUAAAAAAGCAAAAAACUUUGCAGGUAACUAAUGGUGUUUUGUUAUAAUUUUUUUUUGAUAGGAUAUUUCAGCAGAAGAGGCUCAUCAGCUUCAUUCAUUAUUAUCCAUACUUGUAGAGCGAGGGUCUGAAAUAUUCCAAAAUGUACAGGAAGCAAACUCAGAAUCAGCAGAAAACAGCUGGGUAAAAAUAAUGCAGAGCAAAAAAAAGUCAGCAUUCAUUGAGUAUUGCACAUUGAAUAAUUCUCUGACUACAGGGCACAAUACUCUAACUUAAUUUCUAUUACCAGAGCUUUUAUUAUUAAAAAGAGAAUAUUUAGCUGUUACUCUACACUUUUUUUCUGACACAGAUUUCUCACUGAAAAUCCUGUAAAAAGCCGUCAAAUGUUUGAGUUUAUUUGGAACUUUGUAAUUGAACUCCACUAGCUUGACCCUCUUGUGAGGCUUAUUUCAUGUGCAAGACAAGAGUGCAUAGCUAUAAUUAUGUCUAACGGUGUCCACCUGUAAGAGUCACUGUGUAAAGGUUCAAUUAUCAUUAAUACUCAUCAAAUAAUCCCCAAAAUGUGGUGUUUGUGUUUCAGGAUUUAUGCACAGUUGUACCUCACUGGAUUCGUUAUAAAGAGCUGAUAGCAAUAUUGGAAGCCAGUUUACAAGACAUUGUGGAUAGAUGGGCAGAUGGAAAGGUAGACCUUUUUGUUGCUAUUUAGAAGUAGGUGUCUGCUACUUUUUUUUUUUUUUACAAUAUCAAUACAAUAUCAAGCAGACAAGUCAUGAGAAUAAAGAAAAAUGUCAAUUAGGGGAUUAUUAGUUGAUCCAAUACCAAAUUCUCCAAACUGAAAUCACAAGAAUUGUAAACAAGACAGUAAGGAGAGGGUUAAUGUUACUUGUUUCAAUAUUUCCUACUAGGGUCCCUUGGCACAUGAAUGUAGCGCUCAAGAGGUGAGAGGCUUGAUAAGGGCCCUGUUCCAGAACACUGACAGAAGAGCAGCAGUAUUGGCAAAGAUAAAGCCAGUACAAACAUAGUAAAUUAGAAAUACUGUCACACAUUAGACGGUUACAAAUUCCCCCAAUGUUACAUAUCCCGGAGUUAACUCAAAGCAUCACUCAUCCAUAGACAGUGUUCUGUCCUCUCUUAUUUGAAGCACGACUGGUAUGAGAAAUUUUCAAAACAGUUGAGCAAUCCUUUUACCAGUUAAAUUUCCAAGAAUUCUAAGAGAUUUUAGGAAGUAAUAGGAGGUAUUAUAUGCAGCAAACUUUACCUGUGACUGCCUGAAAGAGAACACUGCAGAGAGCAAGUGAGUGGAGUUAAUUAUCAGCUUUGUGUGGUUGAGGACUGUCAAUCCACCAGGAUCAUUAGAUCAAGGCUCUUUGGUUGGCCCAGGUGCCUGAGUUAAGCACCCCCUGCUGUUGAUAAAAGUAGCAGUCUGUUACAAUACGAAAAAUGUUAAGGGAGGCUUGGUGAUCUAUCAGCAUUGGCCUUGUACAGUUGGCAUUGUAUGAUUCUGCAUAGUGAUGAACCAAAUGAUUAUGAACUCAAAGUCACCUCUUGUGAUCGUUAUGUCGUUGUGUUUCUCUAAGUCUCCAAAAUACAAAAUGGGUCUGUUGCCUUACUCCAUGCUAAGUUUAAUAAUAAAAGGAAUAUUUAGCAUA